AUGAUAGUCUGGGUUCAUUUACCGGGGCUCCCAAUUCACCUCUACCACAAGGAUGUUCUGAUCUCUAUCGGCAAUUUGAUCGGGCGCACAAUCAAAUUGGAUUAUCACACCAUGAAUCAGCAAAGGGCCAAAUUCGCGCGUCUCGCCGUGGAAAUUGAUCUUGAAAAAGCUCUAGUGCCAAGAGUCUACCUUGAUGAUGAAUGGCAAAAAAUAGAGUACGAGAACCUCCCAGAGGUGUGUUUCGAUUGCGGUAAGAUAGGCCAUACUUCAAGCUGCUGCCCCAAUCUCCGUUCGACGUCUCUGGUCGAGGCUCUGGCAGUGACCGGAAACAGAGGAUCGGAGGAGGUGGCUCGGGCGACUUCAGAGGCGGACGCCAGUUUCGGGCCUUGGAUGAUUGUUACCAAAAAGAGUGAUAGACCGUUAAUUACACAUGUUUUUACCCCUGUUCUUACACCGUUUGAGAUGUGGUUUCUCGUGUUUUAG